GUUGCAGGGGCAUCGUGUAUUUCGCGCUCGGAUGAAUGUUGCAGCCUAGGUGUGCUUCCUAGGUGUGACCUAGGCUGUCGUGGCCUCUUAAGGUUCUACAGUAGCUGAGUUAGGAUCAGUACGAGCUGCUGCGCCUACUACAUACUCGGCUAGUCCACUUCGCGACAAUCGGCACACCGACAGAGCUCGCAGCUCACUCAGUCUGUUGUCUCCGAAGCUGCGCACCCGCUGAUCACUCAGAGAUAGGCCUCGUUACAAAGGACACUCUGCUCCAAAGUUACACGGCUUGUCCAGAAAGACAUUGCGCAAUGAACGCGUUUCUCAAAACAUCCCUGCUUUGAUAACGCAACUCCCGCAAGGAAGCCGAACAACAUCACGUUAAGCACGAGGUGGCUUGGAGCCAAUCAGCUUGGCGUUUGCCGGAGUCGACAUGUGGAGGCGACAUGGACGCACGCCGUCGCUCGUGCUCGCGCUGCUGCUCGCGGUGUCUCAUGUAGCAUCACAGACGUCUCCAUCACCCGAGAGCGGGUCAUCACCCAGCCCGCCACCGCCACCGCCUCUCGUCGCAAACUUCAUCUUCGCAAACCUUACAAACCUGCUGAAUGACACAGCAAAUGGCAACGCAGCCGCUAUUGGGUCUGGCUCAUUCGGGUUUCAGACCACUGCACCUUAUAUGCAGAGCUCAACAGCUAUGCUGGUCGCUGGGCAGGGGCCUUUCCGGGGCAUCACCUGGAACCCCACAGCGCCGGUCCCCGACCCCUCCCAGCCCUACACUAUGCUAUUGCUGUCGGACUUCACGGACUCCGCACCCUUCGUAGUGCCGGCAGGCGCCUCCCUGGAGCUGCGAGACCUGGCGCUGCUACUGCCGCCGCCGCCCACUGCUACAGCCUCCGCCUCCAGCCUGCUGAGCCAUGUUUUCAGCCUGCGCGCGGGCGCGAGGCUAACGCUGCGGCGCUGCCGCCUGUUCACCGCCAGCUGCAGCAACCUAUACGACUUCACCACGGCGCUGUGCAACCCCAGCACCUGGAGCUUCAGCCCCGACCUUCAGAUCCUGGACGCCGAGGUCAUGUACGGCGCCGGCAUCAUGGGCGUGGGCGCGCUGGCGGCGGACAACGGCAGCAGCAGCGCCGCCACCCCCUUCGCCACGCUGUCCGACGCGAACUUCACCUGCAGCGGCGGCGGCCCCGUCACGUGCAGCGCCGCGGUGGUGUCUGACGCUGCCUCGCUGCGCGGCGUGGCGUCUCUGUUCAUGAACACCACCAAGGACACGGUGCUGCUAAGCCUGGCGCCCAGCAGCAUCAGCCUGGCGGCAGGCGGGCCGGACGACACAUGGAAGCAGCUGACGGUGCGGCCGGGCGUGACCCUGGGUCUGUACGGCAGCAAGACCCGCCGCACCACCCUGGACUUUGCCAACGCCGAGGGCGGCCUGACGCUGAACGCCUUCAGCGGCGCCCGCCUGUUCCUGGCCGACAUGGACCUGGUGGGGCUGCCCUACCCCGCACGACUGCUGCGGCCCGCGCACUUCGUGGCGGCCUUCGGGCACGGCGUGUACGUCAACACCACGCGCGACGCCUCCGUGUCGCCCUCCGCUCGCUUCCCGCCCGCGCUCAACAUUGUGGGCUGCACGCUGGUGCUGCCGGACGCCGAGGUGGCCUGGUGGCGCUACGUCAGCAGCGACAUAGCGGACGGAGCAGCAGUGCCCGACAACUGGAAUGUGCGCCGCCACACGCUGCCCGCGCCCAGCUCCUCCUACGUGCGGCUGGCGGUGCUGGUGGACGUGGCGGGCGGGCCGCGCAUCAGCGUCACCAACGCGCUGUUCCAAUCGGUGCGCGUGUACGCCGGCAGCCUAUCGGCGGCGGCCGCGGCGGCAGCGGCGGCCUGGCCGCUGGCUGGCGGGCUGGACUCCAGCACGGCCUCCACUACGAUCAAGCUGGGCAGUGUGUCGUUCCUCAACACCAUCGCCCCCGCCGCCGACAUCGAGUUCUGUGACAACGGCCGCACGCUGCUGGUGCCCACCGACCCCGCCACCCCGCCCACCGCGCCCGGCUUUCUGCCGGCCGCCGCACUGGCGGCGGGGUACGGCAGCGGCGGCAGUACAACGGCUGGCGUGCUGGCGGUUGAGCAGGACGGUCUGGACCAACUGUUCUAUAUGAUGAACGAGCGAGUCAACUGCACACUGGCGGCGACGCCGUACGUGCAGGCGCGCCGGCGCACGUUCUAUGACCUCAAGAAUGUCACCAUGGGUCUGCUCAUCCCCGCCACCUCCACCCUCACCCUGCGCGACAUGGUCAUCUACAACCUGGGGCCCGCCACAGCCGACUACGCCCAGGCCGCCGCCGCCGCCGCCCGGCGCCGCCUGCUGGGCAGCCACCGCCGCCGUCAGCUGCUGCAGGACGGCACCAACAACACUACGGCCCCCGUCCCGUCGCCGCCGGUACCCUCGCCAUCGCCGCCUGCAGUGCCGCCGUCCCCACCGCAGGUGCCGGCUCCGCCUUCGCCGCCGCUGCAGCCGCCCUCGCCGCCGGUGCCGCUAGCACCGCCCUCGCCCCCCUUGCCGCCACUGCCUCCAUCGCCGGAGCCAUCCCCGCCGCCGCCUCCGCCCGGCCCGCCGGAACCGCCGUCGCCUCCGCCGUCGCCUCCCACUCCCCCCGCGCCUCCUCCCGCCCCUCCGCGGCCCCCCGCGCCUCCCCGCCCACCCCGCCCUCCCCCUCAGCCCCCCGCGCCGCCGCGUCCCCCGCCGCCGCCUUCUCCCCCGCCCACGCCUCCCAGCCCGCCUCCUCCUCCCCCCGCGCCCCCCUCGCCGCCCCCGCCCCCUGCCCCCCCCACCCCGCCCUCCCCUCCCCCUCCCCCGCCGCCCCCCACGCUCGUGACCACCAUGCGUGAUCUGGCAACCCCCCUCUGGUACUUCGAGUUCGAUCGCCUUAACGGAUCCCGGAUCCAGCUCAUCAACGUAACGCUCGUCGUACCACAGGCCGAGAUCGACUUACUAACACGCAUGCUGACGCGUGCCGGGAAGCUUCCCAGCGGCGCCUCCAGCAAUGGGGGCCACCGCCAUCGCGCGCUGCUGCAGGAUGAUGGCAGCAGCGGCGGUGCUGACAUCAUCAACAUAACCGCCAUCCCCAGCUCCGUGAUGCUGAGCUGCCCGCUGGCGCAGCUGGUCAGUUUCGCGGCCGACAGCCAGGUGGCGUCGGUUAGCUCAACCGCCAUCGUGUACAACAGCGUACGGCACCUGGGCUGGUACGGCAGCAACGUCACCAUCACCUCCGUACUGCCGGCUGACGCGCCCAGCAGGCUGUUUGCCGGAACCAGCCGCGCAGCGGACCCGAUGUUCGACGCCGCCUGCCCGCCUGCGCCCAGUGACGAAGACUUCCCCCCGCCGCCCCGCCGCCGCCCGCCGCCCUCCACCCUACUCGCCGACGGCGGCGCCGCCAGCAGCGGCGGCGGCAGCGGCUCCAAGAACCUCGCCUGGAUCCUGCCCGUCGCCAUCUGCGUGCCGAUCGUACUGCUUGCGCUUUUCGGUUUUGUUAUCGUGCGGCGCCGCCGCGCUGCCGCCGCCGCGGAGGCCGAGCGGCAGCGCGAGGCGCUCAAAGAGGCGGGCAUGCUGGGCUUGGGGUACAGGUCCUACGUCAAGAGUACGACAGCGGGGCACGGGCACGAGGAGGGCGUGCCGUACGAGCAGAUGCCGCGUGGCGGGCGGGCCGGCACCGCCAGCAUGUCGGUUGCCAGUCCGUACGGCGCCGGCGGCGCGCCGUACGGGCAUCUCAGCGGCGCGCAGCGCAGCCAUCAGAGCGCCAUGGGGGCCAUGGGCGGCUACGAGCCCGGGGGCAGCAUGCUGUACUCGCCACGUGGCGGCGCGGCGGCCGGGCGGCGGGGCGGAUACGCAGGCGGCAGCCACACCGUGCCUUCGACGCCGGCUGGAAACGCGGCGGCCAGACGCAGCUCGCUGCUGCUGCAGGCGCACGUGGAGGCGCGCGCCGCCGACCCCAAGCCCGCCGGCCGCAUGGCGUCCAUCACCGCCGCCCUCAUGUCCAUCACCCACCGCGGCCAGAGCGCAGCCCACCCCAACCCGCAGCACCCCAAGACGCCGCGCACACCGCGCACGCCACAUACGCCAGGAGGCGGCGGCAGCCGCAGCGCGCCGUGGCGCACCAACACCACUGAGCAAAUGGAGAACGAACGCGUCAGUCCCACCCGCCCCAGCCCCGUCAAGCGCCUGAGUAUACUGUUCGGCAUGGGCAGCGGAGCCGAGGGCGCCGCAGGCUCCAUCAGUGCGGGCGGCGCCGGACCCAGUGGCGGUGGCGGUGCCGGCGGCGCACCGCCACAUUUCGGCUCCGUGCCGCCUUCACCGGCGGCGCUCACACACGGUGGCGGCAACGGCGGGAACAAUGUCUUUUCAGCCGCCGCGGCGGCGGCGGCGGCGUCUGCUGCUGCUGCCUCUGUGGCGGCUCGCGCGGCCGCUGCCGCCGCUGCCGGGGGCCACGACCGCGUCUCGCCCACCAACCCUCGCGUCGGCUCCGGCGGCUUUGCCCGCCACUCCGGCGCCACAGAGCUGGCACUGCCGCAGCCGGAGGAGCGCGGCUCCGGCGCCUCCGUCGGCGGCGGCCUGCCCACAGUCAGCGGCGGCGUCGCCACCAUCUCCGGCGCCGUCUCCGCCGCCACCCCCAGCGGUGGCGGCGCCGUCCGCGCCUCGGACGCGGGCCCGCCCGGCGUGCGCAGCAGUGCCUCAUUCGCUGCAGCGGCGCAGCCACACAGCGCAGCCUCCUUUGCGGAGGCGGCGAACGCGGCUGCCUUGGCAGCGCAGGUGCGGCUGCCGGCGGCUGGCAGCGACGGAGGCAGGCUCGGCCUGGCGGCGCGGGAGAGUACGGUAAUCGACGCAGAUGACGUGGAGCUCGAUAUGUACGGUCAGGCCGGAUCCGCGUCGGCCGCCAUCCCGCACCUGGCGGCUGGCACCGCCGUCGGCGGCGGCGGCGCCUAUAGCAGCGGCGAGUCGCUGGGCCUGGGUUCGGGGCCGCGUGCCCUGCCCGAGACCGCGGCGGGCCCGGUGCCGGUCAAGUCCGCCAUUGAGAUGACGGUGGCCAUGCGCACUGCCACCUCCGCCGCCGGCGUCGUGUCCGGAGUGGCGUCGCCGUCGCUGCUGCCGCCCGACGCUGCCACCGGGGCCAGCGGCCGCGGCGCGUCGCCGUCUCGCGGCAUGUCGCCCAGCCGCUGGCAGCAGCAGUCCGGCCAGUUAACGGCGUCGCCCAGCGCGACGCGGUCGCCCAGCCGCAGUGGGCUGGGGAUGCACACGGCGCCGCGCGCGCCGGCGUUGGUGAUCCCGCCACCGCGGCUCAGCGGCUCCGGCUCGGCGGCGGCGCUGAUGGCGGUUGGUGGCUCAGCCGGCUCGCCUCGUGGCGGUGCCGCCAUGGGCGGGCUGCCGCAGUCACCAUCGAUGCUGUCCGGCAUGCGGCGCGCAAACACGCCCGGCGGCGGCCGCUCGCCGCGUGUCAGCGGGUCCGGUGAACCGGAAGGAAGCGGCCGUGGUGGCGACGCUGCCGCCGUGGCUGCGGCGGCUGCAGCAGCUGCGUCGUCGCCUCGUGGCAGUCUGUCAGGCACUGGUGGGGGUGCCGGCCGCGGCGCGGGUAGCGUGUGGCCGCCUCCUCUGCCUGCACCCGGCGGCAGCGCAGCUGUGAAGGCCAAGAAGGCUGCUUUCAAGCGGGGCGGGGCCGCAGGCGGCAACCUCGAAUAAGCUCAUAGCUUCUCAAAGACAGCCUUGCUGGAUUCAAGCAACAGGCUGCGUUCGUGUUUGUAAGAUGAGUAUGUGCUUGUGUGUACUACGGUGAGGAGCGGCUUGGGUGCAUGGAGCCAUGAAGUAGGGUUGUGACGGGUUGCUACCACGCUGGUUCUAGGGAAAUAUGCUGCCCUGAUUGCACCACGGAUAGAUGCCCCUGCAGCUUUGCGGGUAGCUUGCAUGGCCUCAGCAUCCGAAUGAAAGGUUGUGCUUGUAGGCGCAGAUGAGUCGCUAAGGCAGCGUGGUUGGGAGGAAAUUCCCUGACUCCCAUUGGGACAGCCGGACAGGGGGGAUCGUCGUUGGCUGGUAUUGGCCCAUAAGAUGCGGAUUACAAGUGAAGGGACAGCCCAUAGGGGCGAGAUGUUCUGCCUGGACACGUGGACACGUGAGUAGGGCACCAGCGAACACAUACGGUACGGUGCUUGCCGUGGGUGCUUGCUCACUUCCAUGUAAUGCCUGGACACA